AUGACUAGUAGUGACGCUAAUAGUAGAAAACAACGCAUAAAAUGGGGCGAAGGUGCUACACUCGCCUUAUUAGAUUUUUUACGUGAAAACAAAGAUGAGCUAAGUCAGUUGAAAAGUACACGGGGUGGAUCUAAGCCGGACGCGGACUUGUGGAAUAGAGCUUCAGAUUAUCUUUGCAACUUGAAUCAUAAUGUUAACAAUAUUCAAGCUUUUACUAAAUGGAAGAAUCUUCUUGACAAUUACAAGAGUCAACGUAGUAAAUCUGCGACAAUUGAAAAUAGUAAUCAUGACGAAAUUAUUGAAGAUAUUAUUAGUAAACAAGGAUCAUCAAUGUCUUUAGCGUCAAAUUCAAUUCUUGUUGAUAAAAAGAAAUCAACUGCAGAUUUAUUAGAAGUUUAUAUUAACCAUUGCAUCAGUCAACAAGAAGAAAGACGUAAAGAACGUGAAUUGAAAGAAAAGGAAAGAAAAGAAAGGCACGAAAGACGAGAAAAAUUGGAUAUGAUGAUGUUUAACAUUUUACAUAAUAUUUCAAUGCCAUUUAUACCACAAAAUCAAGGUUAA